AUGGGCCACUCCAGGAAUCGGGGCUCUUUUAUCACAUGCUCCGGGCCCCUGCCCUGUUUGAGCCCAGAAAAUCGCGAUAUUAAGACGGUGAGUGAAGAGUUUCCUGAGAUAUCGGAUAACAUCCACCUGGAUGCCGUACACAAGCUGCAAGCACACUCAGUAGAGUUUUUGAAGAAUGCACCCCCACCCGCCCCCAUCACUCUGUGUGACUCCCCAGUAACUGCUGUGGAGUAUUUCCACUUCCUGGGCACCAUCAUCGCCGAGGACCUCAAGUGGGAGCACAACAUUUGCUCCCUCAUCAAAAAAGCCCAGCAGAGGAUGUUCUUCCUGAGGCAGCUGAAGAAAUUCAACCUGCCAAAGACGAUGAUGGGGAACUUCUACACUUCCAUCAUGGAGUCCAUCCUCACCUCCUCCAUCACCAUCUGGUACGCUGCAGCCACAGCCAAGGAUAAGGGCAGGCUGCAGCGGGUCAUCAGCUCUUCAGAGAGGGUGAUCGGCUGCAAUCUGCCAUCCCUCCAUCACCUGCAGGACCCUGCGGCGGGCAGGGAAGAUACAUGGAGUAGCAUUGAUGGCCGUAUAAAGACUGACCCAAACCCUGUGAACUUCUCCAUGCUGGGGCUAAACACCACAGACUCAACAUCAAACUCAAUGGAGCUGCAGUGGGCGAGGUGCCCUAGUGUUGAUGAUGAAUGGUCUGGGUUCAAUGGGAUAGCAGCUGCAGACCCCAGCUCUGACUGGAGUGCCCCGGCAGAGCACUGGGGAAACUAUGAACAGCCCCCUGUGAUGGAGACCCAAGCGCCUCCACUGAAGGAGCAGCCGGCACCCAACAAGGUAUCCGAGGAUGAGAAGGACGCUGAUGAUGUCGCCGGUGGAGCCGCCAAAUCUAAGAAGAGCAAGAAAAAGAAGAAGAAAUCAGAGGAGGAGGCUGCAUCUGGGGCUAAGAUGGUGAGCACAUUUCCUUUGGUCAAUACACCCAAACCCCAAGAGCCUCCUGUGCUGACGUCAAAGAAGCAGAACCCGAGCAUAUCCUCCUCUCAGAAGAAGGCUGAGCAGACUGCGGAGCCUCCAAAGGGCUCACAGAAGAAAAAGGUUUGACGGGAAACAUGAGGUCACAUCACAGGUCCAUCUAAAACAUAUGCAAAUGAUUGUAAAAUGUGUCACAUGCAAUAAUUACAAGGUACAGAGUUUCUUUCUGAGCUACAUUAACAGUUUAACUACCAACACCAAGAGAGAACAAGCAGUGAACAUCCCCUGCUUGGCUAAAUACAGUGAUGAACCGUGGUCCUGUGGACUUAAAUCUGAACUAAUUUGCACUAUUUGCUACACUGCGACCAGAGUGGAGUUUCAGGCAAGGUGGAAAGUGGAGGUACAUGCUUAUGUAAUUAUUUGUAUGGCAUCAAUAGUGUUAUUCCCUCCGAGAGUGUAUGUUUUAAUCCAAAAAAAAGAAACAAAAACAGGUUUUAUUUUUAAUUUGUUUUUACGUGAACAUCUAAGUUACAAGCUAAGCAUACAUUUUGCUCCCCAGAAUAUUGCACUUUGUUUUGUUUGACAGUGUCUGCCCUUGUAUCAAUUACUGAAAUGUGUGUGAGGAUAGGUUCAGAUUUUUUCAUUUUAGUACAACACUUCCAUACCUGUACGGAUAUUGAUAGAAAGUUGAGGGUUGCUGUAAUCGGACCCCCUUUGUGUGCUGGCCAUGACGCGAUACCCUUAAAAAGCUGCAAAGUUAGAAACACAAAUCCACACUUAUUGUUCUGGGCAAAAUAUCAAUCUAGAUUAUCUGAAGCUAGCAUGAGGCUUAAGCUUUUUUUUUAUUUUCCGAAGUCAUGGCUUUAUUAGUGCAACAUUCAGCCUUUGUGUUUGCCACGUUUCUGAGGUGUGAGUUAUACUUCCUGACAGUCAGAGCUCCAAAACCCUGACAAUAAAACUACAUACGACUGCCCUGACAAAGGUAUUCUCCGACUGCUGAAGCCUCACAUUAGUUUUGUCACAACUUUAGCCAGCAUUUUUUAACAGCAAAAAAGUAUUUUGUACAUUGUUAGUCAAUCUAUGAAGGUAUCACUACAUAGACGGUAUGGAAAGAAGAUAUUAUAGUGACCUAUUACUCUUUCAACGUACAUAUGAGUGUUGUGUUAAGAUUGGUCUGUCUAUCCUUUAAGUAACAUCUCCUAAAACUGUCAUUUGAGUACCAACACUUGCCUCCUGUAGGCUGUGUAGUUUAUAAAAGCUGCUUUUAAGAAGAAGGGCAGCUGUUAUCAGGUUGUUUCACAGCAGAGAAUAACAAAUAUUGGCCUUAGAAACCUCUCCACCUCUUCACUGUCCUUAAGAGCGGUGGUAGUAUGUUCCGUCCUAUCAUACCGUCUCCACAAUAUGGUUCGAUACACCGAGGCCUGAAACUGUGAUGACGAGUUUGAGCACAGGCGGCUGAACAAAUAUUAACUCAUCAGAUUUUGAUCAGCUCAGAUGAUUUCUUCUAUAGAGAGCACAGUAACUGAUAUGAACCACCAGGGGGCAAUGUAUUGUGAAGAAGAGCAGUUGUGGGAAUAUCCCAUAAAGCAGUAAAAAUAUUGAGCACCCUCCGUCCACAUUUAUCAUUUUGAUUGUGUCUGUCUUUAUCCGGCUAGACUGUGCGUUCAUUUUUUAGAGACUGAAUGGUCCUUUCUGCUUUUUUAAAAACGUUUUCUUCCAGUUUUUGUGCUAGAAAAAGCCACGCCAUAUGUACAGAUUGUAAGGGCUUUUUCCAGUCCUGUGAUUGCACUGUGCUAAAGGCUAUAUUCAGUUCCUUUUUAUGUCAAGACAUUGUUUUUUACUUAUGUUUUGCAGAAUGUGAAAUGUGAAAUUCCUUUUGAUUAACCUAACUCCCCCGGAUUUACGAUGGGGAUUUUUUUUACAUAAAUUAAGAAUGAAGACGUACGUAAAGAUAUGAUAUGGAGCAGCUUUAAUUCAACAUCGAAGUUGUUUUUAAACAAGACAAACACAAUUACACAUAUUCAAGGAAUUCAAUUCCAUUGCCUUAACCUGUAGUUGUAUAGAACGUGCAUGUUUUUAUAGUUUUCAACCAAUUGCAAGCUUUGAUGUCUGAAAUUAAUUUCAUCUUGCAUGACUUUGAUAAAAGUACUUGUGUACACAAAAAGAAAUGAAUGAUCUCUUGCUUUAACUGUUGGUACCACUCAGUGUAUAUAAUCUAAGAGCUUUUUUUUUAAUGAGACAAGUGGCAGCUUUUUUCUUUGGGAAUCCAACAACAGACACUAACAGGAGUCUGUUGUUGGAGGUCGGAGAGGCUUUGUGCAUCGAGGUGUUGAUCAGCAUAUAUUAGUGAAGCUGAUGGAACAAAAUGAUACGUCGCUGUGGCUUCAGGCGCCCUUUUGUGUUCCAUUUCUACUGAUGAUUAAAUGGAUUUAAUCAAUGUAUUUAUAUAAUUGUCUCUAGCACAUUGUUAUGUGAAUGAUUUGGUUUAUUAAGGAGAUACAAAAUGAUAUUUCUAUGUUUGUUUGGUACAAAUAAAUGAGAAUUGCUUGAUAUCA